AUGACGGAAAAACAUUUUAUCGUAACAGUAACCGUUCUAGAGGGUAGACAUUAUAUCUGGAAGGAUAUGAGUUCGGCAGUUAUAGUAAACAUCGACAACAAAAAGAAAUGCACUGAUAUAGUCCGAGAUACUGAUUGUCCCUUUUACAAUGAAUACUUUGUGUUUGAGUUUUACACAACUGAAGAAAAGUUUAUUGAAAAGUACCUUACAAUCACAGUGAUUCAACCUAAGUGUUUUUUUAGAAAACGGAAAAUUCUUGGAAACAUUAAAUUGGAUAUUGCCACAAUUUUAAAACAAAAAGAUUGUCAAUUUUACCAUAAAUGGGCAGCCUUAUGUUCGCCAAAAUUGGAGGUUUAUAGUGGACCAACUGGCUAUUUGAAGUUGGAUAUUUGUGUUUUAUCCAAAGGUCAAUCUGCAAAGCUGCCUUUGGGCGUUGUUAAUGAUAAUAUAGAAGGUAAUUUAUUAACAAUGGUGAGUUUUCUUAGCGAGAAACAACAGGCUCAGUAUAUAUUUGAAAUAUAUAACAUUAAGAACCUUCAGAAAAAAUCCAACGAGUUCAUAUACGAUAAAUCAGGUAGUGCCCAAUCGGACUACCAUCCGUCAACAUUUGUGGAAAUCACAUUUGCUGGAUCUAGCGUAAAAACACGGAUACAAAAGAAUAAUAGCAAUCCAGUCUUCAACGAGAGACUAGUCUUAACAGAUAUGUUUCCACCCUUGUGUCAAAGAUUUAGAAUAGACAUUCGAAAUGAUGACUUUAAGAAAUCGAUACAUUCAACACAUUUCCUCAAUUUGGACAAUAUAUCUAGUGAUACUGUUGAAGGCUUUCUUCCCACUUUUGGACCAGCCUAUAUCCAUACCUACUUUCGAGGAACUCCUGAAGGUUACGCAGGUUCAAUACUGCUUUUCGUAAAGACAAUAUUAUUGGACCCUGAUAUGGACACCAACUUAAACGAUAAAAGUCAUCUGAUUGUCGAUUUGCCUUUGUCUAGAGAGAAUCAAGUGUUUUCUUUCGAAGAUACUUUACUUGUCGGUGCGAUUUUUGAAACAAAUUGCAUUCCAAAGAAGUACCAAAACAAAUAUUUAUCGUUUCGAUUGACAUUUGGCCAUGUUCAAUGUGACCUUAGCAGUACUGAUCGUGAAGAUACAUGCGCAAAUAUAUCUAUAGGUAAAAAACCUUGGAUAUCUGGAAAAAACCUGUACAAUAUUGUUUACGACGACAAGAAGCCUUUCUUAAAAUUAAGAUCUUCACGACCAGGACUGACAAAACGAAUGUUUCACUCAAACAUGCUUGAAAAAAUAUCAAAUCAGCUGAACACCAAAUUAAAAAUAAUUGAAAAGCUAUUUUUGAAAAAUCCAAAAAAUAAUCGGGAAAGAAUCACUACUCUCUUACACGAAGCUAUGGAUGUUUUAGUUGCAUCUACAAAUAAAUAUCUUGAAAUUGUGUCGAAUAAUUACAACACUCAUUAUUACCCUACGAUUUUGGACAAAGAACGAUUAACUAUGUGCAUCAGAAUAAUGACUAUUGCAUUGAACAAAAUACAUGAAAUAUCUACGAACAAGUCCAACAGGUUAAUUUACAGGAAUCUGUACGAAAUUCAAAAGAAAAUAUCUUCCAUAAUAGAACAUCCACAACAUUGCUGGCCGGACAUUUUUAUCUGGAUGACAGCUGACGAGAAGAAACUAGGCUGUAUGAGAAUUCCAGCAAGAGAUAUCACUUUUUCUGAAAUACCAGAACAAAUGGGCAAAGACUGUGGUAAAAUAAAACCAGUGCUAUUUUUGCAACCUGGAACUCAAUCCAUAUUGUGUUAUGCUGAGAUUAUGUUAUGGUUGGGUUUGGAUGCCCAAGAAGCCAGUGUUGAGGAUAUGUUGCCGAAAGGGUUUAAAGAAGAUGGUCCUUAUUUGAUAGCUCAAGAAAAUCAUAUAUUUGAAGGAAAAGCGCAUAUACUGAAAGCAGAAUUACAACCUGGUAUGGACAAAUCCGGCCUAAGCGACACGUUCGUUCAAGUAGCUCUAGGAAGAGAAGUCAAAGAGUCCACUGUUAAGAAGCAAGAGUUGAUGCCUGUUUGGGACCAGACGUUGCUAUUUUGUAAUGUAAUUUUAUAUGGGACUAGAGAGCAUAUCAGGAAAAAUCCACCUUAUUUAGUUAUUCAGAUGUACGAUGAAGAUCAAUUUAAAUGCGAGCUUGUAGGAAGACAACUACUUCAACCGAAAAUAGUGUUUCAAGAAGACAUUGAAAGAAAGUUAAUCGAAAAGAACAUUAGAAAUUUAGUAAAUUCACGAGAAGUUUUGAAAUACUACAAGCUUUUCAAUCAAGGAGAAGUAGCAGCAACCAUGAUGGCUGGCUUUGAGCUUGUAGAAAUACACGAAGCUGUUAAAGUGCCCCCAGAGAAUAUUUUACCAAUUCCUGCUGCUCUAAAACCAUGGAUGCAGCCCUUCAAAAUCGAAAUUUUGUUUUGGGGAGUCAGAAAUUUGAAGAAGAUCAACAUGAUGAAAAUUAGGAGACCCAGAAUAUCGUUUUAUUGUGAUAAUAAUGUUAUUAACUCAAACACUAUAGAAAGUGUUGCGAAGUGCUCGAACUUCUCAAAUGAUACCUAUAGUAUAAUUGUUAACUUUCCCAGCGAUUUGCAGUACGAGUCCUUUCAGUUAAAAUUAUUCGACAGUAGAAAAUUUGGGGUUUAUGUCUAUGCCGGUGUUAGUAUUAAUGAAAUAGCCACAUUUUUCUACGAGCCCCUCACAAUGGAGCAAAGGCAACAAGCGAUAUCAUUUGUCUCAAGUAAGGACAGAUUUCCAAGUUUGGCAAGUAUAACAGAUUCUAAAUUAAAAUUUGAUGAUAUUUGGGCCAAGUCUCUAGUACUGCAAAAACAUCAACCUCCAAGAAUAACCUUAUGCGGCUUCUUAGGGAAGAUUUGCAAAGCACUGUGUUCAUUUCGAAGGAGCAAAAAACACAAAGAAACUAGCGAGUACUCUUUACUGACCGACGAAGAUUUUGCCGAAGAUGAUUUUGACAAUAUCGAUUGGUGGACGAAAUAUUACGCGUCCAACGGAGAAACUCAUAGUAAAACCAAGCAUAAACUCAAAAUUUAUCUCAACGAGUUAGAAAACCAGCCUGAAUUUAACGGUUUUGCUGAUUUUUUGACAAGUUUUGAGAUGUAUAAGGGAAAGAAAAGUGGCGAUGAAACCUUGGACGAAGCCAAUAUCACUGCUGUGUUUAAAGGAGCUAUCAGAUGUUAUCGAUGGAAUGUAGACGACUAUUACGAAAAUCAAUAUGUUACUGAAAGAGGAGGGACACUGAACGAUGGAAUAUUUGCAGAUUUUCCUAAGAACGACCCUGUAGAAUUUAUUCUAAGAGUAUACUGUAUCCGAGGAAUUGAUCUUAUACCACGUGACCUAAAUAACAAAUCAGAUCCAUACAUUGUUCUUCUUCUUGGAAAGCAAUCAAUAAAUGAUCGGGAACACUACAUAAACGGUCAAGUCAAUCCGAUUUUUGGAAAAUGUUAUGAGUUUAGAGGCUGUUUUCCCGAAGAUCACACAGUAACCAUCAGAGUGAUGGACAGAGAUACAAUAUCAAAAGACGAUUUAAUCGGUGAAACCAAAAUAGACGUUGAGAAUAGAUACUACACGAAGUACCGAGCAUUCUGUGGGAUAUCUGAAAGUUAUUAUAGUGCUGGACCGUGGAAAUGGCGGGAAAACAAGAAGCCAACAGCUAUUUUAGAAACGUUGUGCCUAAAAUGGCGAUUGGAUCCCCCAAUUUAUACCAUGAAGUCUGUUAUUAUUCAAGCUAGAGAGUUUCAGCCAGAUAACUAUAAACAUAGUAACAACCCGGAAAUGGACAAGGAAAUUCUUGCCUUGUACGUACUUCGAAAUUGGCACAAAAUUCCUUUGAUUGGAUUCCAGCUUGUACCAGAGCAUGUUGAAACAAGAUCAUUAUUUUCACCUGACAGACCUGGAAUCGAGCAAGGAAAAAUUCAGCUAUGGGUAGACAUAUUUCCCACGAUGACGUUCCCCAUACCAGCCAAAGUGAACAUUACUCCUAGAAAACCUGUGAAUUAUGAACUUAGAGUGAUCGUAUGGAAUACAGUUGAAGUUAUUUUACAAGAGGACGAUAUAUUUACUGGAGAGAAGAAAUCUGACAUUUACAUCCAAGGGUGGCUGCACGACGAAUAUGAAUGCCAGUAUACGGAUAUCCAUUACAGAUCGCUAACCGGAGAAGGCAAUUUCAAUUGGCGAUUUAUAUUUACACUGGAUUAUCUUUCCACCGAAAAUAAAGCAGUUAUUCAUAAAAAUACCUCGAUAUUUGCUCGCGCAGAAUCUGAGUUUAAAAUACCCUGCGUCCUUCACUUAAAUGUGUGGGAUAAUGACACUUUCUCCGCUGAUGAUUUUUUAGGGUCCUUAAGUUUAGAACUAUCACGAAUGCCGCGAGGUUCUAGGUCUCCAGAGAAGUGCCAAUUAUCGAUGAUGAAGACGUUAAAACACAUAAAUUUGUUUAAACUAAAAAGAACAAAAGGAUGGUGGCCAUUUAGUGCUAUAGAUAGAAAUUCUCACAAAGAACUAUUAGCAGGUAAGAUAGAGUUAGAAUUUGAACUACUAACUAAGGAGGAAGCUGAAUUAUCACCAGCCGGAUUGGGUAGACAGGGACCACAAGCUUUACCUCCUCCAAAGAGACCCGAUACCUCAUUUGCCUGGUUUACAAAUCCAGUAAAAUCCUGCAAAUAUGUAGUGUUAAAGAAAUGGAAAUGGAAGAUAAUAAAAUGCUGUUUCUGCGUUCUUUUUGUUGUUUUCGUAUUGUUAGUUAUAUAUGCUUUACCUAACGCAUUUGUUGAUAAAGUCUUAAAAGUUUAUUAGUAA